CCUCCAUGUUGCAACUUCUUCCGAGCAUUGCAGGAUUCAAUUGUGAGGGAAAAAAAAGAAAAAAAAGCACCCGGAAAGACACCAUCAUCAUUAUUGUCACCCAUAUAUAAUCACAGUCAUAACUUAUUAAACGGCCGCGCCGCUUCGUCAUCAUGGCCGACACGGGCUGGCCGGGCUGCGCGAGGAGCUUGAAGGGUGUCAUCCUGGACAUGUUCGGCGUGUUGUAUGAAGGUGGAGAAGGCGACGGGACUGCCAUUCCUGGCUCGAUUGAAGCCGUGAGAAAGCUGAAGGAGUCCGACCUGCAGCUGCGCUUCUGCACCAAUGAGACGCAGGCGGCCAGAGAGGCGUUUGUGGCCAAGCUCCACAGGCUGGGCUUUGACAUGUCCGUGUCUGAGGUCUUCCCCCCUGCUCCUGCAGCCGUGGCCGUCCUCAAAGAGAGGGGUUUACGACCUCACCUGCUGGUGUAUGAUGCACUUCUGCCCGAGUUUGAUGGUGUCGACAAGAACGACCCAAACUGUGUGGUGAUCGGCGACGCAGCUGAAAAAUUUUCCUACCAGAACCUGAACGAGGCGUUCAGGGUCCUUAUUGACUUGGAGAAACCAUUGCUGUUCUCUCUGGGCCAAGGGCGGUACUACAGUGACCCAGAUGGCUUAAAACUAGAUGUCGGGGUUUAUAUGAAGGCUCUUGAGUAUGCCUGUGAUCUGAAGGCUGAAGUCAUUGGAAAGCCAUCCUCUGCGUUCUUCCAGAGUGUUCUCAAUGACAUGGGGCUUCAGCCACAUGAGGUGCUGAUGAUUGGGGAUGAUCUGGUUAACGAUGUAGGUGGGGCCCAACACUGUGGAAUGAAAGGCGUACAAGUCAGGACCGGAAAAUUCAGGCCCAGCGACGAGAGGCACCCAACAGUGACGGCCGACGGCACUGUGGACGACCUGGCCCAGGCUGUGGACAUGAUCCUCAGUCAGAGGCGCUGAGCACAAGGCAGCGGACGCUGGCAACACUCCACUUUAUGUGACCCCAGGUGACACAGGCUGGUGGCCAGUAGUAUUUUUACAUAGCUAAGCGUUGUUUUCCAGUGAAGGGUGUACUGUAUUGAGCUAAUUCAAGUAACACAACUGAAAUAACAUCCAAAUAUCCUGAAACUGACAUGCAUGGGAAACACCCACCCAUCUGGUGCUCCACACAGCGUCAGACAAACUAGAGUGGAACGUCUUACCAUGACCCAGGUCGACAAGAGUCGGUCUUGAACACUGUAGAACUGCACUCUGCAUUUGUCAGUACAUGAUUGCCAUAGAUAAGAUACCUCAACUUGACAUGAAUGUGCCUGUUACCAGCUGCUGACUGGCGGUUAGAAGAUAAAGAAGUAAUACAGUGUGUUCAGAGUGCCUGCUGGGGUUACACUGUCAAGUGUUUGCAGAGACACUAAGCAAGGAGACAGUUUGUAGUCAAACUAGAAAUGCACUGUUGUAAUGUAGCUGUACUGUGUUUUUAAUACAUUAAAUGUAUCACAUUGUAGUAAGAGA